UGUACCAUUUUGCAUCGAAUAAAAACACGAACCGUCGCCAUUAUCCCUAAAAGAAUAGAAUAAUAACUUGCUAGUGCUAGUCUCUCUAUUUUCACGCCAAAACUCGUCGUGAACUAUUAACCUCGACUGAACAGAUCGUCCCAGACGAGCUCCAACUGUCAACUUACGAAACCACCUACAUCCACCGAAGAAACCGAGCGAUCCAAGAUGGACGACUCUAGCGACAAUGUCCCGCUAGCGUGUGACAUCUGUCAGAAACAAUUCAAAAAGAAAUACUUGUUGAAAAGGCACAGACUCGCCCACGAGAAUCAGAGGAGAAGAAACGUAUCGUCGAGAGACAGCUCUUUCGUGGAGCUAGCGUCUCAGAAGCAGGAAGCUUUGUCCUGCACGAUCUGCGACUUUCGUUGCAACAAGAGAUCGACGAUGAUCGCUCACCUGGCUGAAAACCACGGGGACUCGGGCAAGAGUGAGUUCACCAGUAAGAGAAAGUUCACGUGCAUCGUCUGCGGCCUCGUCUGUUCUCGGAAGGAGACGUUGCGUUCUCACUUCGUGCGAAAGCACACGCAACGUUACGAGUACUCGUGCGAGCAGUGCGGCAAGGAGUUCAAGAUCAAGGGCGACCUGACCACGCACACGAGACUGAAUCACAGGGAACCGCCCGUGAUGUGCGACGUUUGCGGGAAAACGUGCAGGAACAGCCACAGCUUGUACACUCAUCAGAAACACGCUCAUUACAAGGCGAAGUACGAGUGCCCGGUGUGCCGGAGGAGACUGGUGACCAAGGAAAACCUGGACCAACACGUGUUGACUCAGCACGAGAAGAAGGAGAAGUCCGUCUGCGAGGAAUGUGGGAAGACGUUCUUCGAGAACCACGACUUCAGGAAGCACAUGAGGAUACACACUGGCGACAAACCGUACAGGUGUUCCGUCUGCGCCAGAGCGUUCACCACUCACAGUAGUUUGAGCCAGCAUUUGCUGCUGCACACCGGAGAGAGGAUUUACGUGUGCGACGUGUGCGGGAAAUCGUUCGCUCAAAAAGCUGGCUUGAUAUGCCACAGGAAGAUUCACUCUGGAACGCUGCCUCCUCUUCCUGUCAUGCACAUCGAUCACAUACUGAAGGAGUUCAUGAAGAAGUGAAGAUUUCCUUCGUCUUCUCUUUGCCGGAGAAGAAACGAGGAGGACUGUGUGUCAGAUGGAAUAAAGAUGUUUUUCAUUUU